AAAAGAGCAUAAUUUGAAGAAGAACAACGCAGCAGACCUUCACUCGUGGCUAUAUUAAGGUGUCAAGUACCAUCAGUUGUUCAAAUAACAUCUUCGCUUCGUUCGAGAAAGCAUCUUCACUCACCAACGCGCAAGCCAACAUGAAGCACUUGGUAAGCUUAAUUGUUUUGAUAGCUGUCGUCGCGGUGGUGAAUUCCCAGUCCAGCUCUAGCACUACAGCCAAACCUGGAGCUUCCACAACGAAACGUGUGGUAACCACUGCUAAACCCGGAGCAUCCACCACUAGACGGGCAGUUAGUACUACUAGACGACUAGCUAGUACCACCAGACGACCAGCUAGUACCACCAGACGCUCAGGCAGCACCACGAGACGUCCAGGCGCUACCACCCAAAGAGGGGUAACAACUACCAAACCGAGGACCACAACUGUCAAACGGGCAGGCAGUUCAACAACAAGGCGUUCACCCACAACAGCUAGGCGUACUACCUCGGCCACCAGGCGUCCGGCAACGACGGCCAGACGUACCAGCACUACCACGAAACCCGGUACCACGACCAGCGGAGGGGUAGGGAUGAGUACGGCUAAACCCACGGCCGCUACCACCAAACGCGCAGCUAUGUCUGCUUAAGCGCUUUUUAAUAAUAUUUGACCUGCGCACGUAUAC